AUGCCUCUUCUCUCAAGAUAUUCGUUGCGCCAGAACCGCGGUUUCCUGGGCUCUGACAGUUCUGCGUUGCCAUCUCAAGAUGCUCAAGACCGCCAACAACUGCGUUACGAGCUCGAUUUAAAUUCGUGGAAUUUUCGCAUCUGGGGUGUUUGCGCCUCUGGCUUUCUUACCGACUCAUAUAACCUCUUCUCAACGAAUGUAAUUCUCGCUUCGGUUGCAUUCGUUUAUUGGCCCAAUGGCCCAGAGUGGUCGGGUCUACUUAUUAACUUCUUCACACUCUUUGGGUCUGUGGUAGGUCAGGUCUUGUUUGGGUAUCUCGCGGAUCGAUAUGGCCGAACUCGCCUCUACGGCAUUGAGCUUGUCCUGGUUAUCGUUUCAACGAUCGGUGUCGCUACGAGCAGUCGCGGAUACAAUGAUCUUUCUUUCCUGGGCUUAUUUACUUGGUGGCGUUUUGUAAUGGGCAUAGGAAUCGGAGCUGAAUAUCCCCUUAGCGCAGUCAUCACUUCGGAAUGGUCUAGUACACAGUCUCGCGCGACUAUGCUUUCCUCGGUCUUCAUGAUGCAACCUAUCGGCCAGGCGCUGGCGCAGCUGGUGGGCCUGUUCGUGCUCCUAGGCUUUCAACGAAGCCACGAUCUACAGGGAAUGCGAUGCGGUCUUGACAAACUUCAUGAGGAAGAAUGUAAGAAGGCGUUGGAUGGCGUUUGGCGCAUUGUGAUCGGUUCAGGGGCUGUGCCUGCGCUUCUUGCCAUUAUCUUCCGCUUCUUCCUUUUUGACUGCGGUAUAUACAGUCUAGAAGUUCGAAAUAAACCAGCGGUGGCUCUGGUGAAUACCCAAAGGAUCUAUGGUGCUCCACAAGGGACUGGUAUAGAAUCCCUUCCCGGUGGUGGUGCGGAUGGGCGCUCUAUGAGCGGUGCUAGAAAUGGAUCGAAUUCGUUCCCAAUGGGUCAGCUCAACCAGACUCAAACGUCGACAACUUAUCAGAUGGCAUCGCGCGGCGCACCAUCUUAUCGAACAAAUGGUAUUGGAGAUGGUACGCAUGUCGGCAAUCCUUCUCAAGAAGCGAUGCCUGUCCAGUUUUCGAGAGAGGACCUCCACAACUACUUUAUCCGCGAUGGUAACUGGGCAUAUCUUUUGGGCACAGCAGCAACGUGGUUUUUCUUGGACGUUUCAUUUUAUGGAAUGAGCCUUGACAAUAGAGGUACACUUUCAACUAUGUGGGCAACGACUACACCGACCAAGAUCAAUAGCUCCCUUGAAUGCUGGACAUCAUCACUCCGUGGAGGCAACUCAACUGUACCAGACUGGGCCACCAAUGGACUUCCAGUUUGGUCAACCGACGCAACACACCCCUGUAACACCAUCUACGACGUUCUUAUCGAGCAGACAAAGCAGUAUCUCCUAACUGUCUCACUCGCAUCUAUCGCAGGCAGUGCUUGCUUCGUUGUCUUUGCAAACCGUAUUCCACGGCGUCAAUGGCUCACAGCGUCCUUUCUUCUGUUAGCUGGCUUCUUUGUUAUCACCGGAUGCGUCUACUAUGGCGUCCAUCAAAAACAAGGCGCUCCUGCUACAGUAGUAUUUGUGGCCAUUUGCCACUUCAUGUUUAACUUUGGCGCCAAUACUUUGACAUUUAUAAUACCGGCCGAAAUCUUCCCAACCUGCUAUCGAUGUCUAUGUCAUGGUAUUUCUGCGGCGGCUGGGAAGCUCGGAAGUCUCGUUGCCGUUCUUGUGGUGUAUGGCAUAAACCAAUCAUAUCAGGCUGAAAAUAGGCAGGGGCUCAUAUUCCUCCUAUUUGGCUCAGUUGCGGCUGUUGGGGCUAUCUUCUCGUGGGCAUACUUACCCGAUUCACAACGCCGAAUCGAGUAUGAUGGGAAGAGCUAUCUUGAGUCUAAAACACUUGAAGAGCUAGGUGAAGGCAGAGUCAAAGCUCGACUUGGCGGGGAGUUUGUGACGAUUGAAGAGAAGUGGGAUGCUAUCAAGAGGAGGAAGAGAGGCUCGACGAGAAGUGACCCAUCGGUGCCAGAUGGUACUACAUAG